UGAUGAUCCAUGCUGCUCUUUUUCCUGUUUUUUCUCAUGCCAAGGACAUUUGUACACCUACUUGAGGAGAUGGCUGGGUGUCCCAAGAAGCUUCUGUUCCAUUGGACUGUACAGCACAGGAAGCAAGCUACAGCUGCCAAUAACAUCAGUGGUGGAGGAGUACAAGGUGACAAAAACACGCCAGGCCAUGAUGCUACGAGACAGCAAAGACGAACGAGUACGGCAGGCAGGCAUUGUCGUCAGGUCAGGCAGAAAGUGGUUAGCCAGCAAAGCACUGAGGGAGGCGGAGGAUCGACUGCAUCACACGGACAUUGUGGGAUCAGUAGCCCAGGGAAGACUUGGUCUGGGUUGCUCAUCCAGAACAAGAUAGAACAAAGCUGACCCAAAGGAGCGGCGAGGCUUGGUGCAGAGGGAGGUCCGAAAGGCUGAGGAGGAAAGCCGGUAUGUCAAGGCAUUAGCCAUGAAAAAACAGGGCAGCUGGACUAGAUGGGAGAGUGUAAAAGACAGAUCUCUAACCUGGCAGGACAUCUGGAGCAUGGAAGGCCACCGGAUAAAGUUCCUGCUGUGUUCUACAUAUGAUGUCCUGCCCACCCCAUCAAACCUCCAUACUUGGGGAAUGGUAGAGAGCCCCAGCUGCACACUCUGCGGGAAGAUAGCUAACCUGGAGCAUGUCCUCUCCUCUUGUCACUCAAGCUUAGCAGAUGGCAAGUUCCGGUGGCGUCAUGACCAGAUCCUUGCUCAGCUGGCAGAAGGUGUUGAGCAGGCCAGGAAGAGGACAAGGCAGCUCUCUAAUGGGCCACGCUUCAUCCACUUCGUCAGGGCAGGUGAAAGCGCAGCAGCAGGAGGGAGGAACAAAGGAGUCCUGGCCACAGCAAACGACUGGGAGAUGCGGGCCGACCUGAAGAAGCAGCUCAAAUUCCCAGAGGAGAUAGCCCACACUACCCUGAGACCUGAUAUUGUUCUGUGGUCUAGAGGAACCAAACAGGUGGUGCUUAUCGAGCUGACAGUACCUUGGGAAGAGAGGAUGGAGGAGGCGUACGAACGCAAGCUCAAGAAGUACCAAACCCUCAUCCUCGAGAGCCAGCACAAUGGAUGGAAGGCCUGGAACCUACCGGUGGAGGUGGGCUGUAGAGGCUUUGCGGGGCGGUCGCUCUGGAGAGCACUCGGACUGCUAGGGAUCGAGGGGCUGGCUAGGAAGCGGCUGGUAGCCAACACCACUAGAAGGGCAGAGGAAGCAUCACGCUGGAUUUGGUUACAAAGAAAGGUGCGGUGGCAGAGCCGACCUACUGAAGGACUAGGGACAUAGAGUUGGGUGGCAUUCAGCGGGGGUAGAUCCAGGACGCUGGAUCUGCCGUCGAGCCCCUCCGAAGCAUCAUGGGCUUAAUUCGACGAAACGUUGAUGACGGGGGUGCCCAUUUGAGAAUCUGCUGAUGCCAACCAACUCAUGUCCAGUUGAGGUAUGCGGUCAAGCUUAGUUUUGGCUCAGGGAGGAGGACGUCCCUGCCAUGCAGAGUCCCGCCGGUGCCUUGAUGGAAGGAGAGAUGAAGAGAGCGAGGCCACAGG